UUAAAAAAAAACAAAAACAAAAAACGACUUAUUUAUUUGGGAAAAACAAGUAUAUUCUUCUAUACUAUCUAUACAUCUAUGAAAUGUUCACCAUUUGCUGCGAUUGGCUGGCAACCGGUUCUGGUGUACUCAGCUUCUUGAAGUCAGCUGAGAUUGGCGCCAGCGCACCCGUUACCCGGGUGAGGAUAAGCGGUUAAGAGAAGGGAUGGAUGAUCACCAUUUGUUAAAGUGGUGCUGAUUGUGAAGUGAGUUGAAUUGAGUUUACUGCCACCAGAAAGCGCUCCUAUGUUAAAUUGACGCUGGCAAGUCAAAGCAAAAUGGCCGAAUGAAGCCUCAUAUUUUGCAAAAAACUCGUGUCGAGUUACUUGUAUCUCGAGGUACACCACCGGACCUCGUAGUCCACCUUUCCGUGGACCUCACCUGGAGCCGAAACCCUUCCCGUCUGCUCAAGAAGGCGUAACAUCUCUACUUGAUCCGGAAGCUGCGACGUGCCAGACUGGGGCGCCGUGUCUUGAGGAGCUUCUACAGAUGUGGUGGAGAGUGUCCUCAGCAUCAGCAUCACGGUGUGGCACGGCAGCUGCUCGGCUGCAGAGAGGAAGGCAUGACAAAGGGAGGUAAAUGGAUCCGUGAGGCCGCCAAGACCCACAAGCUGGUGGAGCAGGAGCUGGCACACGCCGUCAACGCCAGCGCCACGGUGCUGACCGAGGCCAAGCUGUCCAGCCCUGAGUUUUGGAGUCGCAGCACAGCCGUGGAAAUUGUCAACAGCAGCAAAGUUGUCCAGGCAGAGACAACCCUGCUUCUGGAUGGAAAACAUCUGUCCGAGUUCCCUGAGGAAGAGGGGCUCCGCUUAACCCUGAACAGCCUGAGUGCUGAGCUCCACAAACUCCACUGCAUCUGUCCACUAAUGCACUGUGCUGAGGAGGGGUUGGUGCGUCCCAGCAGUAAAAGCAGCAUAAAGCUUAAGAUCGUGCCAAGGUGAAGAGGGAGAAGGAACAGCUCUACAAGCAGAAGUCAAACCGCUCGCUCGCUCUCAGGUUGGAACAGGCGAUAAAACACACCCAAAGUCAUCUAGCAGACAAAUUGGAAUGUGGACUUGUUUUGAGCAGGUUACUUUGCUUCCCUCUCGUGGCCUGGUGAGGUAAAAUUUGCAGCUGCAUGGCCAGCUACUUGAAGCUGCUUUCUUUCACACAGCAUUCCUUUUCCCCCCUUUCCAUAUUGUCCACCAAUUUAUUCUCCUUUCCUUUUUGAGAGCCUCACCCACCGAAAUAGCCUUUGUCCUAAAGGAACCUGGGUUUUAAAAUCUCCUAACUCCCGUGGUUCCAAGCGUGUUCGCGUUCACAACAAUGUGUCAAAACCAACCAAUUUAUUCCUGACAGAGGAGUCUAUACAUUUGCAGAGCUCUGGGUUCGUAACUACCCUAUCUUAUCCUUAGCAGAUAAAGUAGUCGAACUCAAACUGAUGAUAUUUUCCGGCCCCUAACCUUGACCGCCGCGAGUGAGGAGAUGCCGUGCUCUUAUCUGCCGGCACCCGCUGUCCUGACUGCGGCGUAGGCGGCAAGGAUUAGCUGUUUUGCGUUUCCUUACUGUGCAUUUUUUUUUGGGAAGCGGGGUCACUUGCAUUGCUCCUCCACUGGCCUGCUGUGCUAAUGAAAGAGCCUACAAUUCUGUCAUUUUGUCAUAAACAGUGUCUACACGUUGCUCGCAUGCAGCAGAGUACAGAACAUCUUUUAGAAACGACACGAUGGAAACCACCUUUAGACUGAAAUGAGACUUCGGGGACACCUUGUUUCUACUCCAAGCAACCUUCAAUGGCACCAGAAGCCGAUGUGCAGAAAUCUUGAACAGAAAAGAAAAACAUUGACUGUAUUUGUGUGUUGAGCUGUUAAUAAUACUACUGAUAAUAAUACUGAUAAUGAUGUGCACAUGCAAGGUGCUCAAGCGGUUUUGACUUUGUUUGGCUUGUCGUGACCUCCACUAAAGAGGUCACGGGGGUGGUUCAUGAUCAGCUGACUCGAGAUGUAAUGCACCAAUGUGAAUGUUUGCUUUGCCAGUAGUUCCCAAUUGUUCUUAUCGUCUUGCUCUCGUGGGUUUGCUGUCCAAUCCCCCAGGUCCCCCCAACCAUCACCCCGUGCGUUCAUAAACACGAUAGGAUCAAUGAAGAAAUCAAGUUGGCCAAAUGGGGAAAUUUGUAGUUUGCAUAAGCAUGUUUAGUCUAAGCUGAUGCUUGCUGUGAGGGGCAUACUAAAUGAUAGCGCGUGCAGGAACAUGCUCGUUUCCGCUCACGGUCGAGCAUUGCCAAGCUCCACUGUCGUCGGGUGCUGUUUCUGCAUCCAGUGUGCGCUGCUGCCUUUUUGCCUUCAAGGCUUUUGUGGUGUUGUGCCAAGUAGAGCGACACACUCCAGUGGUGUGUGCAAUGUGGCGUUCAUUUCAAGUUUACUGUGUCUGGGCUCGCACUUUACAGACUCCUUGAUGGGGGAAACGUGCGUGUGCACGCGUUUACGACAAAUUAGCUGAAGAAUAUGAAUUUUUAUUUGUGAUGAACUAUUAAAUAUAUAAUGUAAAAAUGCACGCCCAUCGAUGUGAUCCAUGGCUGUGGCAUUCCUGCUCCUGUGUCCACUGAUGCGCUGGGCCAACGUCUUACCAUGGUAACCACGUUAGCCAUUUGAAGCCAUAUGAAUGAAAUGUGUAUAUGGGUUUUAAAAAGAAAGCUCAUGUAUAUUUAAUUUGAUCAAUGAUUGUUUGAACGUAAUUUAAUGGGUUAACAAUGAUUCCGCAAUGCUGGGUGUUUGCACGAGUGUGUGCGUGUUGCCAGUUGUUCCGUCAUGUAACAAAUAAGCUUUGGAAAUUAAAAUGACUUGGUGUGAUAAAUGUGCGUCUGCUGCUGCUUCCGAUGUGUCUGACUUAAAAGUAAGUUUUAUUACCUGCAUGCAAGUUUGUUCGGUUUGUAUGAAAAUGCUUGUCGCAGAUUCUCCCUACAUUGUGACCAACAAAGCUGACACUAUGAAGUUGUCAUUUCUCUUAAUUGUUGAUGAAUCAAAUGUUUAGAGUGAGGAGCUAUAAAGGUGUUCUGUCAUAAACAGACUCUGCCUCUUUUCCCAACACAACUCUGCUUUCAGCUGGACUAUUGCAUGACAGGCGUGCGUGUCAAAUGCCUCAGUGUGUUCUGUAUGUUGUUUGUGAAUCCAUCCAGUAAGGAAUAAAGUGUAUUGGAAAACUAAGUGAUUGUUGUAGUGCAUUGUGCAAAUAAAGUGAAAAAUACCUCCACUUCUAAAUAGAAAAGUAAUGCACUCAUACCCCAAUUGUGGCCUCAUGAGAAUCAAUGUAAACUAAUUCAACAACUAUGUAAAAAUUGUCCUACAUUUAUGGCAAACGCUGCAGAAUCCAAACUUUUUGGGGAAUAUUUGUUUUCAAAAUGUUUUUGAAAAUAUAACAUUCGAAUGAAAGACUUCCAUUGUGUGUAGUGACCCUGAACCAUUGAGUUAUUUA